AUGGACACGUUUAGCCAUGCCAAGCUCGCCGCGGCGGACUUCCUGCACGAGGUCAAGCUCAGUGCUAUGGAGACCCAUCGACUGCUCCACGCGCUGCUGCUAGGGCCGGACUCUUGGAGACUGCAACUCCAAGAGUUGACCGGGGUGCAGUACGUGCUGGACACUGUGGACAACAUCGUUCAAGUCCUCGACUCCAAGGCGAGCGUUUCCUCGUGCCUCUUGCCCGUGGUCGUGUAGUUUCAACCAAUCAAGUGCGAUCUUCAAGCCAGCGUUCUGGUGAGCCAAUAAGAAAGUAGACAAGACGAGAAAAAGUACCACUGUCAAAAAGUUUAAGUCCGACAUCAAUGAAACGAAAAAAG